AUGUGGCACUCGUUUGCCAUCGCGCUCCUCGCGACCGUCGGGCAGUCCUGCGUCUACUCGAGUGAUUGCAAUUCGAACGAGGAUUGCGUCUCGGGCACCUGCAAGCUAGAACGCGGUGAGUGGUGCAGCACGGACUCGGCCUGUUAUGCCGGCAACUGUCGCGGGAAUCGCUGCUGCAAGUUGGGCAUCUCGGGUCUGUGCACCGAGUGCAACACGUAUGGCUACUGCGGGGUGUGCUCCGGCGCAUACUACCCGGAUGGAAAUUACGAACUCGAUUGCACCGCCAAGGAACUCCCCGGCACGUAUUGCGGCUCCAACCCAUCGGAUUGCGUCUCGGGCAUCUGCUUGCUAAAUGAUGGGGAGCGGUGCAGCUCGAACUGGGAAUGUCAGAACGGCAUCUGCCGCGGGAAUCGCUGCUGCAACUUUUUCAUCUCGGGUCUGUGCACCGAGUGCAACACGUAUGGCUACUGCGAGGAGUGCUCCGGCGGAUACUACGUGGGUUCUUCGACUUACGCUCUCGAUUGCACCGCCAAGGAACUCCCCGGCACGUAUUGCGGCUCCAACCCAUCGGUGUGCCUGAGCGACAUAUGCAACUGCGACUCCAGCGGCGCGCCAGAUGCGUACUCCACCUCGUACUGCUUAACUGGCGCGCUUGUCGUGGUAGCACUGCUAAUUGCUCUGCUGCUUGCAACUGCUGAAGGCCUUGCAGAGUGCGUCGGAAAGGACACCGCAUUGGGCAGAGCCUUGACAACAUUCAAGGAAGGAACUUAUUAUUGGGUCCCGCUCUUCUUGAAACAGGGGGGGAAAGUUGCACCUGCCGAUCCAUAA